UGCGUCGCUUUCAAACCGCCGCGGUUUGUUUUGGUUUUGACGCGCUCGACUGGGAGGGCGGAUUUUAUUAUUUAUCGGUCUCUGGAGUAGAAACCACGACAACAGCCCUAACGAACAGGCUGCGUGAUGCUGGAACCGGCACAGAGCCGCCGGCGAGGCGCUCAGGAUUUUGAAGGCUACUAUGAUCAUCUGUGUGCGGCUCAGGGUUCAGCUCCUGUCCGAGCGCUGAAAGCCUGCCUGAGUCGAGGAGUGCUGGAGUUUAACCCGGAUCAGCUCAGCCUGGCGGACUGGACUCCUGUACUUUCAGCUCUGGCCAUCAACAAACACCUCCAGCAGGUUUCCAUCAAGAGCUGCCACCUCCUCAGCACCGGAGCGCAGAAUACAUACAGGACUCAUAAUAAGAAGAAAACCCCUGCGAUUCACUCCAAGGCUGUGAGUCUUCAGUUGUGUAAGGCUGUGCAGAAGUGUCUGUGUGAGUCCAGCAGUCUGAAAACCCUUCAGCUGCACGCUCUGCCAUUGAGAGAGAGAGAUCUCACGGCUCUCACAAAGGGUUUAGCUAAGAGUGUGUCAUUGGAGCAUCUUUCUUUAGCACACUGUCCAAUCGGAGAUCAAGGUUUGGAAGUCAUUUGUCAGAGUGUGAAAUAUUCAUCAACAAUUAAAGGAGUGGAUUUUACUUCCUGUAAUAUUACCUGGCAAGGAGCAGAACAUAUGGCGAACAUCAUAAAGCACCAGGCGAUGCGGCGUCACAGUACGGCGUGGGUGGAGACUCUGCGCUACAGGAGGGCGGAGUUUGAAGCCAUGAACGGACUGCGCAGAAUCACUCUUAAUGACAACAUUCUCAUUGGAGACAGAGGGGUUUCGGCUCUUGCUCGGGAACUCGCAGAGGACCUGUGGGUCAAAGCGGUGGACCUGCAGCGCUGUGGGAUCUCUAAUGACGGAGCUCAAGUUCUAGAGCAGAUGCUUCAGUCCAAUUCAACUCUAUGCGUGCUUGACAUCAGGAGAAACCCGCUUAUAGAUAACAACAUGGUAAAAGCUGUGCUUAAAAAAGUCCUCAUGAACACCAAAAGCCUUGACUCACAGUAUCUUUGGCUUAAACCUCCGUCUCCUAAAGACACUCCUGAUCAGUCACGGCAGUUUCGGAGGAAGAACGCAGGAAAAGCUACAUAUCGAAUUGGAUCUCGCCGAUCGUCUUCUGUAAUCUCAGUAUUUAGGCCUCCUCGGCCCGGGUCAACAGGAUAUAUCCCAUGGCGUACUGCUGCACGUGCCGACUUACAAAGAGGUGCAUCGCGGGCUGAUGGAAGAACAGACCAGAGUUUUCAGAAUGCCACCUCCGUGCAGGUGACUAUAGAGACGGAGUCAGAGUCUGAAGACGUGGAAGCUAAAGAUGUACAGAGUCCUCUGGAGAAAAUCACAAGCUACCAAUUCAGGCGACUACAGACUGAGAACAACCGACUUAAGGUGGAGCUGGAAGAGUGUCGUCUGAGGCUGGCAGAGGAGAGAAACACCAGACUGAAGGCCAACUCUCGCCUGGUGGAGCUGGAGCUGGAGAACGAGCGUCUGCGCAACAUGAAUCAGUCUCUGUCUGAAGCCCACAUCAGCUCCUCUGUGCUGGAAGAUGAACGAGUGCUGGAAAGCAUCGAAUCCUCCUUCCACAAAUUCCACGCUUUUCUAGACCUGCUGAAAGACGCCGGAUUGGGUCAGUUUGCGUCUAUGGCUGGAAUUGAGCAGUCAGACUUUGGUGUUGUUGGUCGUCCUCAGCUUUCCUCAACGGAGAGGACACACACCGGCCCACCGAGACAUGAGGACAGGAGGACUAGUUCAGCUACUGCUGACGUCCCUCAUCCCGAAUCAGGGACUCAUCCAGAACCUCCUGAUGACACUGAAGAUCUUCCUCAGUCUCGUCCCCAUCAGCAGGAGCUUCUCCAUCCAGUAAUCUCGAGUAGAUCCUCUCCAGCUUUACAGGCGCUGGAUCUGAGGGCUGGAUCUGGCUCUGGAGGAUCCGUCAGCAGCGUCAGUCUCCAGUCCAGAGGCUCUCCGUCCUCUAGAUCUGUGUACUCCAGAGCCUCCAGCGUGUCUCGCUCGGGUUCAGACAGACCGAGCGCGUCUGGAAGCCAGAGAAACACUGCUGGAUUGAUCGGGUUUUGAGGUAGAUCAGCUUCAGAGAUGUUAAUUAAAGGGGCAGUUCACGUAAAAAUUUUAAUUCUGUCAUCGUUUACUCAUCAUUUACUUGUUCUAAACCUGAUUGGGUGCCUUUCUUCUGUUGAACACAAUUAUUUGUUUAUUUAUUUCACAAUAAGGGACAGUGUACAUUAAUCAGGGUUCCCUAUAAAUGUAAAUGUACCCAAAUUAGCCCAAAGACCAUUAGUUUUCAUUGGUGGUCCCUUAACCAGAUGUUAAAGGCCAUACCAAUACAAGUGAAGAAUGCUGGGAAAAAAUUGUAUUCAUAGUCAUAGUAUUUUUCAUUCUUACUAUGCAUGUCAAUAGCUGCCCUUUUCCAACAUUUUUUAAAUUAUCUUGUUUUGUGUUCAAUAAAAGAAAGACGUUCAUGAACGUUAACCACCACUUGAGUGUGAGUGAAUGCUGAGGAAAUGAAAAUUUUUCGGGUGAACUAUCUAUUUAAAGAAACACUCCACUUUAUUAUGUAAAUAUGCUCAUUUCACAACUCCCCAAAGUUAAACAGUCUAGUUUUUACAUUAUUUAAUCCAUUUAGCUGAUCUCUGGUUUAGCUUAGCUUAGCAUAAAUCAUUGAAUCAGAUUAGACCAUUAGCAUUUCAAAAAAAAAAAAAAAGAGUAAUAAUCAAGUAACUUUACUGCCAUACCAUGGCUGCAGCAGGUGCAAGGACAUUACACAGUGCUUGAAUAUAGCCCCAAACUCUUUGGUUUUUUUGAGCGAGAUGCUAAUGGUCUAAUCCGAUUUAAUUGACUAUGCUAAGCUAAGCUAAAAGUGCUCCCACCAGACCCGGAGAUUGGCUGAAUGGAUUUAAAAAUGGUAAAACCCAGCUGUUAACUCAUGGAGAGCUGUAAAAUGAGCCUUUUUACAAAAAAGUGGAGUCGUGUGUCCAAACUCGGUGCUGGAGGGCCAUGUCCUGCAGAUUUUAGCUCCAACUUGCCUCAACACACCUGCAAGAAUGUUUCUAGAACAGUUUCCCAACCCUGUUCCUGAAGGCACACCAACAGUACACAUUUUCAACCUCUCCCUAAUCAAACACACCUGAAUCAACUCAUCAGAACAUUGGAAGAGACUCCACAACCUGAAGUUAAUGGGUCAGAUGAGGGAGACAUCCAAAACAUGAACUGUUGGUGUGCCUCCAGGAACAGGGUUGGGAAACACUAGUAAGAGCUUAAUUAGCUGUGCCAGGUGUGUUUGAUUAGGGUUGGAACUAAACUUUGCAGGACACCGGCCCUCCAGAACCGAGUUUGAACACUCCUGCUUUAAGUGAAGAGUUGCUCAUCUAAAUAGCUGCUGUCAUCUUGAUCUAUCCAGGGUUUAUUACCUGUUAAAAUCCUGUUAGGUGUUUCUUUGUUGACAUUCCAGGUUCAGGAUGUUGUUUAUUUACAGAUGUUAAUGUUAUCUGAUUUUAUUUAUAGUGCUUUUGCUGUUCUUUGACUUUUUAAAGCCAUAGUUCACCCAAAAAUGAAAAAUCACUCAGCAUUUACUCUCCCUCAAGCGGUUCCAAACCAUUACCAGUUUCUUUAUUCUGUUGAACACAAAGAGUGAAAGUCAGUAGCUGUUUAUUUUCUUCUAACAUUCUUCAGAAUAUCUUCCUUUGUGUUCAGCAGAAAACUGAACUCAAACCUGUUAAGAACGAGUGAGUACAUUAUGACAGAAUUUUCAUUCAUUUUGAGUGAACUAUCAUUUUAAGGUUAUUAGAUUAUCGUACGUGAAUUUUAGCUUUGUA